AUGAGUGACAACACUGAGACCAAGCCUAUCCCCACUGGCGGUUUCAAAGGAAGCGACCUGCCUCCUUUGGUGACCGAUAGACCUCCUCGUGUACUGAUUGCUGGUGCCGGCUUGGCUGGUCUCUUCCUUGGCAUCCUCCUUGAGAAGGCCGGCAUCCCCUACGAGAUUUUUGAGCGGUCCGCCCAGAUCAGACAUCUUGCAUUCGAGCAGCUCGGCUUGUUGGACGAGCUGUUGUCGUUCUCCAAACCCUCGUUUGGCGUAACGAUGUUGACCGAUAAGUUGAAGCCCAUUGGCAAAAUAGUCGCUAAAUGCACUGAUCUGAUUGGGUAUGACCGCGUCCUCUUUGCCCGUCCCGAGCUACAUGAUAUGCUGUUUAAUAAAAUCCCCAAGGAAAAGCUCCACAUGUCCAAGAAAGUGUUGUCAUUCCAACAAAACCACGAGGGAGUCAUGCUCCGGUUCAGUGACAACACAACUAUCCACGGUGACAUCCUUGUUGGUGCCGACGGGGCUCACAGUGCAGUUCGUCAGCACUUGUACAAGUCCCUGGAGAAAGAAGGCCUUCUCCCCAAAGCUGACACUAAGGCUAUGAACAAAGGUUACAUUUCCCUCGUAGGAACCACCAACGCCCUCGACCCCAUCAAGUACCCUGGUGUCUUGGACGAAGAAUCUGAGGCAUUUUAUAUGGUCGGAGACAAAGACACACCCUACACUUUAGGCAUCUCCGAGAUUGCAAAUGACCAGUUCAAGUCCUCGGAUUGGGUUCCUCAGCAGAACCAGAAAAUGAUGGACGAAAUCCGCCACUUCAAGACUCCCUAUGGCAACAUGGGUGAUUUGUUCGAUGCUACCGAUGUUGAAGGUGUUUCCAAAGUCUAUUUCGAAGACAUGCUCUUUGAGACAUGGAACCACGGUCGUACCAUCUUGAUUGGCGAUGCGGCACACAAGCUCCUUCCAAGCAGCGGCGCUGGUGCUGUCAACGCCAUGCAAGACGCCGUCCUCCUUGCAAACCAUCUUUACGACAUCUUUCCCACCAGCUUUGAGAAUAUUAAAGCCGCUUUGACCGAGUACAAAGAAGAGCGAUUCGAUGCAAUCAAGGAUCAAUAUCCACAGUCCUACGUUAGCGCCAAACUAAUCUUCGGACAUACUUUUUCUGAGCGAGUUCUCAGACACGUUGUGUUCAACUGGAUCCCCAAGUCAGUCCAGCACAAGCAAUUGCUCAAGGAUACUGCCUACCGUCCCCAGGCUAACUUUUUACCCCAGGCGCCAAAGCGCGGCUCAAUGGAUGCUAUUCCUCAGAGACCUUCGAAGCGCAUCGACAAGGAGAGAGAGGAGACAGGGAAGAAUGAGGUAGCUGCUACUGCUCUCUAG